CUGGCUCCCUCAUUGGUCAGGCAGCGCGUCUGUCGCGCCCCGCGUCCACCCCUGUGCAGGCUCUGCCCGCGCGCCCGCGCCCGGCCUCCUGGCGCCCCGCCCGCGCUUCAGGACCAGCGGGGCCGCGCGGCUCAUCCUGCGGGCGGCGGCGGCGGGCGCGGCGCCGGCAGCCAGGAGCAAGAUGAUGAAGUUUCGGUUCCGGCGGCAAGGCGCCGACCCGCAGCGCGAGAAGCUCAAGCAGGAGCUCUUCGCCUUCAACAAGACCGUGGAGCAUGGCUUCCCCAACCAGCCCAGCGCCCUGGCCUUUGACCCUGAACUUCGCAUCAUGGCUAUUGGCACUAGGUCUGGGGGCGUCAAGAUCUACGGUGCACCCGGGGUAGAGUUCACAGGCCUGCACCAUGAUACAGCCACUGUCACACAGGUGCACUUCCUGCCAGGCCAGGGCCGCCUUCUGACCCUGCUGGAUGACAGCAGCCUGCAUCUCUGGGAGAUCGUCCACCAGAACGGCUGUGCCCACCUGGAGGAAGCACUCAGAUUCCAGCUGCCUGGCCGGCUUGGCUUUGAUGGUGCCAGUGCCCCGCCUAGCCUCACCCGUGUCACUGUGGUCUUGCUGAUGGCUGCUGGUGACACGGCAGCCCUGGGCACUGAGGGUGGCAGUGUCUUCUUCCUGGAUGUCACCACCCUGAUGUUGCAUGAGGGGCAGACCCUUGGCCCAGACGAGGUUCUAUGCAGCUUGCCGGAUGACUACCGGUGUGGGAAGUCACUAGGCCCUGUGGAAUCACUCCAGGGACACCUGCGGGACCCCACCAAGGUUCUCAUUGGCUAUAGCCGGGGCCUGCUUGUCAUCUGGGACCAGGCUGCGCGGUGUGUAGACCAUGUCUUCCUAGGGAACCAGCAACUGGAGAGUCUGUGCUGGGGACGUAACGGCAGCACUGUGGUUAGCUCGCAUAGCGACGGCAGCUAUGCUGUCUGGUCCGCAGAUGCUGGCAGAUCCCUGACACUGCAGCCCACAGUAGCCACCACGCCCUAUGGCCCCUUUCCCUGCAAGGCCAUCAACAAGAUUCUGUGGCGGAACUGUGAAUCUGGGGGCCACUUUAUCAUCUUCAGUGGUGGCAUGCCACGUGCCAGCUAUGGUGACCGCCAUUGUGUGAGUGUGUUGCGAGCUGAGACGCUGGUGACACUGGACUUCACUUCUCGCAUCAUCGACUUCUUCACAGUGCACAGCAUGCAGCCUGAGGAUGAAUUUGAUGAUCCCCAGGCCUUGGCUGUGCUGCUUGAAGAGGAGCUGGUGGUGCUUGAUCUUCAGACGCCUGGUUGGCCGGUUGUUCCUGCCCCAUACCUGGCCCCGCUGCACUCGUCUGCUAUUACCUGCUCUGCCCACGUUGCCAAUGUCCCCACCAAGCUGUGGGCCCGCAUCAUGAGUGCUGGCGAGCAGCAAAGCCCCCAGCCUGCCUCCAGCACCUCGAGUUGGCCCAUCACUGGGGGCCGGAACCUGGCCCAGGAGCCACCACAGCGGGGGCUGCUGCUGACGGGCCACGAGGACGGUACUGUACGGUUCUGGGACGCUUCAGGUGUGGCACUGCGGCCACUCUACAAGCUGAGCACUGCUGGCCUCUUCCAGACGGACUGUGAGCAUGCUGAUAGCCUGGCCCAGGCUGCAGAGGAUGACUGGCCCCCCUUCCGCAAGGUGGGUUGUUUUGACCCCUACAGUGAUGAUCCCCGGCUCGGUGUACAGAAGGUCGCACUCUGCAAGUACACAGCCCAGAUGGUGGUGGCUGGCACUGCAGGCCAGGUGCUGAUGCUAGAGCUCAGUGACAUGCCAUCGGAGCAUGCAGUCAGUGUGGCCAGCGUGGACCUCCUCCAGGACCGUGAGGGCUUCACAUGGAAGGGCCAUGAGCGGCUGAGUCCACGCACAGGACCAUUGCCUUGGGCUGCUGGCUUCCAGCCUCGAGUGCUGGUACAGUGCCUGCCGCCAGCCGCUGUCACUGCUGUCACACUCCACACCGAGUGGAGCCUUGUGGCCUUUGGCACCAGUCAUGGCUUUGGUGUCUUCGACUACCAGUGCAAGAGCCCUGUGCUGGCCAGGUGCACCCUUCAUCCCAACGACUCCCUGGCCAUGGAGGGGCCGCUCUCCCGUGUGAAGUCACUCAAGAAGUCACUGCGCCAGUCUUUCCGGCGCAUACGCAAGAGCCGUGUCUCUGGGAAGAAGCGGGCUACUACUGCCAGUAGCAAGUCCCACCCCCCACAGUUGCAGGAGGCCAACGCACAGCUGGCCGAGCAAACCUGCCCCCACGACGUGGAGAUGACGCCCGUGCAGCGCCGCAUCGAGCCCCGCUCUGCUGAUGACUCCCUUUCGGGUGUUGUGCGCUGCCUCUACUUUGCUGACACGUUCCUUCGGGAUGCGGCCCACCAUGGGCCCACCAUGUGGGCAGGCACCAACUCGGGCUCCGUGUUUGCCUACGCGCUGGAGGUGCCAUCAGCAGCAGCCUGUGGCGAGAAGCGGCCGGAGGGGGCAGUGGAGGCUGUGCUGGGCAAGGAGGUGCAGCUGAUGCACCGGGCACCCGUAGUGGCCAUUGCUGUGCUGGAUGGACGUGGCCGCCCGCUACCUGAGCCCUACGAGGCCUCGAGGGACCUGGCGCAGGCGCCAGACAUGCAGGGCGGUCAUGCUGUGCUCAUUGCAUCUGAAGAGCAGUUCAAGGUGUUCACACUGCCUAAGGUGAGUGCCAAGACCAAGUUCAAGCUGACAGCCCAUGAGGGCUGUCGAGUACGCAAGGUGGCACUGGCCACGUUUGCCAGCGUGGCCUGUGAGGACUAUGCUGAGACCUGCCUGGCCUGCCUCACCAAUCUGGGCGACGUCCACGUCUUCUCGGUGCCUGGCCUGCGGCCCCAGGUACACUACUCGUGUAUCCGGAAGGAGGACAUCAGCGGCAUUGCCUCCUGUGUCUUCACGCGCCACGGCCAGGGCUUCUACCUGAUUUCCCCGUCAGAAUUUGAACGCUUCUCCCUAAGUGCCCGAAACAUCACAGAGCCGCUCUGUUCUCUGGACAUCAGCUGGCCCCGCAAUGUCACCCGGGGCAGCUACGGACCCCAAGAAUCACCCAAGUUGAGCCAGGCUAAUGGGACUCCAAGCAUCAUCCUGGCUUCACAGAGCUGUGAUGGGAGUCCCAGUCCAGCCCACAGCAAGGGAACUGACACCUCAGAGCCACCAGAGGCCACGCUAUCACCAAUGUCCAUUGACUCAGCCACCAGUGCUGACACCACUCUGGACACAACAGGGGACGUCACAGUGGAAGAUGUGAAGGAUUUCCUGGGCUCUUCGGAGGAAUCUGAGAAGAAUAUGAGGAACCUGGUGGAAGAUGAGGCCCGGGCCUGUGCCAUCCUGAUCAAAUGAGGAAGGCCAGAGCUACCACAAGUACCACCUGCCCUGCUUGGCCCCUUAACAUAAACCCACACCUGCUAACCUGUGGGUUCCAGUGGGACCUGCCAUCCUGUCCCUGCUAAUCCUGGUCUCAGGGCAGUACUGGCCCAGGACUUGACCGGAAGUCUGAAUCCUAUAGGCAGUUGGUUGCCCUGGGAGCUGCUGCUUGGGGAGAGUACAGACGGGGCCCAGCAUCCUGUGCCACCUCCCACUCCACACCGUCCUUCCCCACUCCCUUGCAAAGAGUAUUUUUCUAACGCCUGAGUGGGACAGUCAUUUCUAAAACUAUUUUGGUACUUGCUCCUGGACCACCC